GCAGUCUCCCUGACGCGGACGCCCAGGAAGGGUUUGGAGGCCAAGCAGGCGCUGAUCGCCGAGCUGCGGAGAUGCGUGGACACCUACAAGUACAUCUUCGUCUUCUCCGUUGCCAACAUGAGGAACAACAAGCUGAAGGACGUCCGGAAUGCCUGGAAGCAUAGCAGGAUCUUCUUCGGGAAGAACAAAGUCAUGAUGGUGGCACUGGGACGCGAGCCGAGCAGCGAGUACAAGGAGAAUCUGCACAAGGUCAGCAAACACCUGCGAGGUGAAGUUGGUCUCCUCUUCACUAACCGCACCAAGGACGAGGUGGACGAGUGGUUCUCCAAAUUCAAAGAGGUGGACUUUGCCCGUGCAGGGAACAAGGCGACGUACGCGGUGAGCCUGGACACAGGGCCCUUAGAGCAGUUCCCCCACUCCAUGGAGCCUCAGUUACGGCAGCUGGGAUUGCCAACGGCAUUAAAGAAAGGAGUGGUGACGCUACUUUCGGAUUAUGAAGUCUGCAAAGAAGGGGACGUUCUCACCCCCGAACAAGCCCGCAUCCUGAAACUCUUUGGCUACGAGAUGGCGGAGUUUAAAGUCACCAUCAAAUUUCUGUGGAAUUCUGAGACGGGAGACUUCCAGAAGCUUGUGGGAGACACGGCAGAGGAGGACGAAGAGGAGGAUGAGGAUGACAACGAUGAAGACAGCAAUGAGGACUAGCGGCAGUCCUAGUGCUUGGACUCUAGACAGAAAUACUCGAUUUGAGAG